AAGACCAAAGGAGUCGAGAGAAAGAGAGCUGUCCUCUUUCCUUCUUUCUCUCUCCCUCUCUUUCCUUCGUUUCCUGUUCACUUUCAGUUUACGCCUCAGCGGUAUGCUCGUUGAGGGCAGGAGUGGCCAGGUGUGUGGCGUGUCUCAGAGAUGGGAUUGGAGGUGUGAGAAGCUUUGAAGAUGAACUCCGGCGAACAAGUUUGGUCGAGGAUGGACGUGGAGAGACGGAAUCACCCUCCACUUGUUGAUAGCUCAGCAUGCCUCUGUAGAGUAGAUGGUGGCUUCAAGACAGUGACGGGAGGCAAGAAAUAUGUCCCCGGCAGCAAGCUCUGCGUUCAGCCCAAGAUCAGAACGUCGAUCCACCCCGUGAGGUCGAAGCCAGCGCAGGAGAGGAAUCGCUGCCAGUCUCCUCUGCUGCCCGGCCUCCCCGACGACCUCGCCAUCGCCUGCCUCAUCCGCGUGCCACGGGCCGAGCACCGGAAGCUCAGGCUGGUCUGCAAGAGGUGGCAACGCCUCCUAGCCGGGAACUACUUCUACUCACUCCGCAGGAGCCUCGGCAUCGCGGAAGAGUGGAUCUACGUCAUCAGAAGAGAUAGGGAUGGGCGGAUAUCGUGGGACGCCUUCGAUCCCAGGUACCAGCUCUGGCAUCCCCUGCCUCCCAUCCCCAAGGAGUACUCCGAGGCCACCGGGUUCGGCUGCGCCGUCUUGAGCGGCUGUCAUCUGUACCUCUUAGGGGGCAAGGAUCGUCGCAAGGGAUCGAUGCGGCGCGUCAUCUACUACAGCGCGAGGACCAACAAGUGGCACCGCGCGCCCGACAUGCUUCGGAGGAGGCACCUCUUCGGUUCUUGCGUCAUCAACAACUGCUUGUAUGUUGCCGGAGGGGAGAGCGAAGGCGUUCACCGCUCGCUCAGGUCGGCGGAGUUCUACGAUCCCAACAAGAACCGGUGGACGUACAUCUCCGACAUGAGCACCGCGAUGGUCCCCUUCAUCGGCGUCGUCUACGAGGGGAAGUGGUUCUUGAAGGGGCUCGGAGCCCAGCGGCAGGUCAUCUGUGAUGCCUACUUCCCGGACACGGACCGAUGGUGCCCGGUGUUCAAUGGCAUGGUGACGGGAUGGAGGAACCCAUCCGUCUGCUUGAAUGGUCAGCUCUACGCUCUCGACUGCAAGGACGGCUGCAAGCUGAGGUCAUACGACGCAUCCACGGAUUCGUGGAGUAUACAUAUCGACAGCAAGCUGCACCUGGGGAGUUCUCGAGCCCUCGAAGCAGCGGCUCUGCUUCCUCUCAGGGGGAAGCUGUGCAUCGUCAGGAACAACAUGAGCAUUACUCUGGUCGACGUGGAAGCGAAGGAUAGCGGAGACCUGAGGUGGGAGACGGUGGCAGGGAGAGGGCAGCUGAGGACCUUUGUCACCAACCUCUUGUCGAACAUUGCAGGCCGCGGUGGUCUCAGGAGUCAUAUCGUUCACUGUCAAGUACUACAGGCUUAGAACACAAGACAUGCAAGAAGGCAAGGGGACUCCAAUGAUCUGUUCUUUUUCUUCUCCCUUUGUUCCUCUCUCUGUAAUAAGUGAUCAGCGUUCUAGCAGAUUAGGACAUGUUCAGCUGCCACAAAAGAAGUUGCAUGUAUCCUCUACAAUAUGAGUCAUAAAUAAUUUCGAAUCGAGAAGAAA